CUUAAACACUGAUACUUUGUGCGUCUUGCAUCUCACAAAUCCUCUCCCCUCUCUCGGUCUCUUCGCCCAAUUUUUAAUGGCGGCAACGACUGGGAGGCCAACGAAGUGGGCCCUCAUCUGGCCCUUCUUCUUGAUCCUCGCCCUCCACUCCCUCGCCAUCUUCCUCUUCACCCGCGGUUUCCUCCUCACUCGCACCGAGCUCUCAUCCUUCAGCCACUGCUCCGAUCUCUCUCAACCCAACUCCAGCAACCCCUGCUCUUUCCCCUCUCAACCCGAACCCGAGCCCGAGCCCGAGCCCGAGCCCGAUGGCAAGUGCUGGACCCGACCCGCUGUCGAUCGCCUCGUCAUCAUCCUCCUCGAUGCCCUCAGGUUCGAUUUCGUGGCGCCGAGCACUUUCUUCCAAGAGGCGAAGCCAUGGAUGGACAAGUUGCCCGUGCUACAGAAGCUGGCAUCAGGGGAGAACGCUACAGCUAGGAUUUUUAAGGCGAUUGCUGAUCCUCCUACGACUAGCCUGCAAAGGCUGAAGGGGUUAACUACUGGUGGACUUCCUACAUUUAUAGACAUUGGUAACAGUUUUGGAGCUCCAGCAAUUAUUGAAGAUAAUUUGUUAUAUCAGUUGUCUAAAAAUGGAAAGAGAGUGCUGAUGAUGGGGGAUGAUACAUGGAUGCAGUUGUUUCCUGAUCACUUUGAAAGAUCAUAUCCUUAUCCUUCUUUUAAUGUUAAAGAUCUCGAUACGGUGGAUAAUGGCUGUGUUGAGCACUUGUUGCCAUCAUUGCAAAAUGAAGAUUGGGAUGUACUUAUUGCACAUUUUCUUGGCAUGGAUCAUGCGGGACAUAUCUUUAGUGUUGACUCUACUCCAAUGGUCCAAAAGCUGGAGCAGUACAACAACAUUUUGGAGGAGGUUAUUGAAGUCAUGAGGAGCCAGUCUGGACCUGGUGGUCUCCAUGAAAACACUUUGCUACUCGUGAUGGGGGAUCAUGGACAAACCAUAAGUGGUGAUCAUGGCGGAGGCACUGCAGAAGAGAUUGAGACAUCCCUUUUUGCAAUGAGCAUGAGGGCUCCUCCUGAUGCAGUGUUAUCUGUCCUUGAUGCGAUUUUUUGCAAAGUGAAUUUGGCUGGCGAGAAGACAUGCAUCAGCUCCAUCCAGCAGCUUGAUUUUGCAGCAACUGUGGCAGCUCUUCUUGGUAUUCCUUUUCCCUUUGGAAGCAUUGGCCGUGUUAAUCAUGAGUUGUAUGCAUUAAGUGCUGGUACAUGGGGUGGACAAAGGAAUAGUGGUAAAAAUUGUAAUUCUCGGUCAAAUUUGGAAGAAUGGAUGCAAAAUUAUGUUAAUGCUCUCUGCGUUAAUUCCUGGCAGGUGAAAAGAUAUAUUGACAUCUAUUCGGUGACUUCUGUUAUCGGACUUCCUUCAGAAGACCUGUCUCACAUAAGACAAUUAUACACGCAUGCACAAGACAAUUGGUCAAAUAUUACACGGUCUUCUUGCUUAGCUAAAAAUGAUAUCCCUUAUGAAGAUCAUGGCAGUCUAGUAUCUACUCUCCAGAAGCAAAUUGAUGCAUACUCAAAGUUUCUAGAAAGUGUUGCGACACUUGCUCGCUCAGCAUGGACCGAGUUUGACCUGAUACUAAUGGGUGUUGGUCUCAUUGUUAUGCUGGCCUCUCUUUUUGUGCAUCUCUUAGCCAUUAGACGAGUUCAUGUCCUCUGUCAGUCGUGUUAUACGGCGCCUACUGUUUCAUUUAUCUCUUUAAGGUCAAUUGUCGUCUAUCUCUUGGUGCUAAUGCGCGGAGCAAGUUUCCUCUCAAACAGUUACAUAUUGGCAGAAGGUAUCGUAGCUAACUUCCUUUUGGCUACUACUGGUAUCCUUAAUUUGUCGUGCUCAAUAGCUGAUGGUAAAUUUGCAAUAGAAGAACUUUUGUUUCUUUUUAUAAAUAUCAUUCUUAGGCUUGGCAUUGAAUUUGGGAUUUCAAAACAGACUGCUGGAUCAACAUCUUUGAGUUUCCAUUUCCUAAGUAUUCUUCCUAUUGAUAAAGAUCACCCUGUUUUGAUUGGAUUGUUGGAGAUCUUUCCAAUCUUUAUUCUAUUCGUGGUGGCAUUUGUGAUGUUUAAGUGUUCUUCUACUCUACCUUGUCGGAGAUGUAUAAAGUUCUGCUUUGUAGGAACUGUUCUAAGUUAUAUUCUCAUAGCAGUACACUGGGUCUCAGAAAGUAAUGUGGUGAAUGUUUAUCCAGAGCUUCAAGAUUUUGGAAAAAAUAUUGCCCCUCGGCUGGUUUAUGCUAUUGGAUUUGGGUUGCUGGUACUAUUAGUGCUUUCUCAGAUCUUCUACCAGAAAGCGACAGUUUCAGAUUCCACUGAAAAGUUAGCUCCUGCAACCGCAGCCAUGGUUUCUGCAUGGAGCUCUGCUAUUUUGAUUCUUUUGGGAAAGCGAGGUUCAUUUGUUGCUUUAAUCUGCAUUGGUGGAGCAUGGUGUAUCAUAAAGUCACAAAAACCAGCUACAGGGAGAGACAUCACAAAGGGCAAUUCUGGAGUGUUCUUCACAGAUCCCGUCAACAUAACACAGUGGAGCCUUCUUGCAGUUUGUUUAUUUUUUUACACUGGACACUGGUGUGCUUUUGAUGGUCUGCGUUAUGGUGCAGCAUUUAUCGGGUUUGAACAUUUUAACAUCAUUCGUCAAGGUCUUCUACUUGUGAUUGAUACAUUUGGCGUAUCUUUCAUUCUUCCUAUUUUGGGCCUACCAUUUCUUGUUGGUCACCCACAUCAGAGCACAAGGGAAGAUCGGGCAAAGGAUGUCCCUUUCUUUAAUCUGACCAAGGUUUUCUUGAGUUAUGGGCUGAUAACAGCAGUUACAACUACUUUUACUAUCAUAUGUGUUACAAUCCAAAGGCGGCAUUUAAUGGUGUGGGGAUUAUUUGCACCAAAAUAUGUUUUUGAUGUGCUGGGUCUCCUCCUUACUGAUGUUUUGAUCUGUUGUGCAUCUUUGCUCUACUACUGAGGCAGUAUUGAUAUACGCUGGUAGUUUACCUUGUGGAUUUUAGUUGUUAAUUUGUUGAUUAAAAUCUUUACAGAAUGUUCGAGGCUUUGAUUCAUUGGCUUCUCUGUAUAUGAAUUUUUUUUAUCAAUGCUCACUAUAAGAUAGAGCUACUAAUGGAUUCAAUGUAUCAUUCAUAGAAGAUACAGCUACUAAGGGGCUGUUUGGUUCGUUUUUUAACUCGGCGGAAAAGUUUUACACCGGCUC